AUGCUUAAUAGUCAAUGGUGGGGAUGUGAUGAUGAGAACGGCAGAGGAAUAUUGCUCUCGGAGUUCCUUGCUGAAGCGAGUCGACAGUUUGUGCUGUGUGACCCAUCUAGUAAAGUGUUGUCUCCGGCUGUGAUUCGAACCAAGGAUCCAAGAAGCAGUGGCCAGUAUGGCCGCCAGCACAUCGAAGUGGCCAAGAAACUGCAGAGACUCGACAGCUCCGAUGAGGAAGAUCCUCCCAUACCUGAUGAUAAACCACCUUCAGCGAUUAUCAAGGAGAAUGGCCUUAAUGGUACAAAGAUGACAGUGAUAGAGAGGCAAGAAAUACUCGGUCCUUCCCCAGAGUUGAACUAUAGGAAGGGCCAGAACGGUCACCGGACCGAGCAGGGAAUGGGCGAGACAAACCUGGAGUUCCAUUUCUAUCAUUGCAUGGACUUAGUCAAGGCCGGUAUGGAGUCCAUUAUCGAAGACCAGGUCACUUCCGUCUUCGAGGCUGAGGAGUUGAGAAGUUGGAACCUUCUAACAAGGACUAACAGACAGUACGAGUUUUUAACGUGGAGGUUAACCAUUAUAUGGAUGAUGGGCUUCGUGGUGCGCUACUUCUUCCUUCUACCCUUAAGACUGUUGAUCUUUGUUAUUGGGGUGCUGACGCUGAUUACAUCAAUGCUAGCAGUGAGCAUGAUCCCAUCGACAAAAUGGCGUCGAAUAUUCGGCGCGAUCGCAUACAAGUUGUCUAUGAGAAUAUUACUAAGAUGCUUGUCUUGUGUGGUGACGUUCCACGACACUGAGUACAUGCCGAAGACCACCGGAUUCUGUGUUGCCAACCACACCAGUCCAAUUGACGUCAUACUGCUCAGUGUCAACAAUUUCUUCUCUUUGGUUUGGUGGCUGAUUGUAAGCACGGCCUGUGUCGGGACCCUACCCGACGGUCCGUUCAAGCAACGGGUCAAUUAUGCGACUUCGAUCUUGAGCUUCAACUUCCUCUCGAGAUGUAUAUCGAUGGUGAUCACCUACCAUGAUGGUGACGUGAACAAGCCGAAGAACGGGAUAUGCGUGGCGAACCACACCAGCCCCAUCGACGUGCUGGUGCUGAUGUGCGAUAACUGUUACUCGUUGAUUGGUCAAAGGCACGACGGUUUCCUUGGGCUUUUGCAGAGGGCAUUAGCCAGGGCUUCGCCCCACAUUUGGUUCGAGAGGUCGGAAGUCAAAGAUCGACAUGCAGUCGCCAGAAGACUAAAAGAACACAUAUCGGUCCCGGACAACCCCCCAAUCCUCAUAUUCCCCGAAGGCACCUGCAUAAACAACACCUCAGUUAUGCAGUUCAAGAAGGGAAGUUUCGAAGUCGGCGGCACCAUAUACCCAGUCGCAAUUAAAUACGACCCGCGUUUCGGCGACGCGUUCUGGAACAGUUCCCGAUACGGGAUGCUGCACUAUCUCCUCAACAUGAUGAGCUCGUGGGCGAUCGUCUGCGACGUGUGGUACCUGCCGCCGAUGCACCGCGAACCAAACGAGACGGCCGUGGACUUCGCUAACAGGGUCAAGGCCGUCGUGGCGAGGAGGGGGGGGCUCGUCGAUCUCAUGUGGGACGGGCAAUUAAAACGAAUGAAAGCGAAGAAGGAAUGGCGGGAGUUACAACAAGAAGAGUUCAGCAAAAGACUGAAAGGGGAGUAG